AUGUCUACUGCUUUGUGGUCAAGUAUUCGUACUGUCCAAAACUUCCCAAAACCAGAGCAGUUGGAUGCAGUGGAUAGUUUUGUUGCAGUUGAGGCACGAGGUAAGUUGCCACCUCCAGUGGUUGGUGUGGGCUAUAGCUUAGAAUAUGGUUUAGAUCGCUUGGAAAUGUCAGCGGAUAUCGCAGCACAAAAAGUUGGACUAAACGAUGGUGUCCACCUUCAACAGCUUCAAUCUGCAUAUAUGACUCUAGUUGUUCAAGCACUUUAUACAUAUCUAAAACCUCAUCACCCAGUUCCAGAUAAGCAAUUUGUGGAAUGUCAUGGUCUAAAUCAUGUUCAUCAAUCGCUGCAUAGUCUUCACGGAAAUCUGGAUUUAAGCUUGGAUUGGCAAGGAUUGCAGGAAUUCGAUGUUGCUGUGACAUUUUUAAUGCCCAAUAUCCACCUAAACUAUGACCUACCAGUUUAA